AUGAAUACAGUAUUAAAUAAUAUAAGUCAAAGUAGAUACUUUAAUGACUCUUCAACCAAUACAAAGAUGGAAGAAAUCAAGAAAUUUUUGGAUAGUCCAUCUGAUGUUCAAAAACUUGAAAGUAUGAAAAAACUUAUUGCUAUGUUAUCAAAAGGUAGAGAUGUAUCAGAAGCAUUCCCACAAGUCGUUAAAAAUGUUAUUGUUAAAAAUUUAGAAAUUAAAAAAUUAGUAUAUAUGUUUUUAGUACAUUAUGCUGAAAUUCAAACAGAUAGUGCAUUAUUAGCAAUCAAUACAAUUCAAAAAUCAUUAAGUGACCAAAAUCAAGUUAUUCGUGCCAGUGCACUUAGAGUUAUGUCAUCAAUUCGUGUUAUUGAUAUUAUCGAAGUCAUUAUUUUAGCAAUUGAAAAGUCAGUUAAAGAUACAUCACCAUUUGUUAGAAAAGCCGCUGCUUUUGCUAUUGCAAAGGUACAUAAAUUAGAUUGUGAUAAAGAAGAAAACUUAAUCGAAUUAUUAGAAGUUUUAUUCAACGAUAAUAGUACAAUGGUUUUAGGUGCUGCAAUGGUUGCAUUCAACGAAUUAUGUCCACAACGUUUCGAUUUAAUUCAUCCACACUACAGAAAAAUUUGUCAAUUAUUAGCUGAUUUCGAUGAAUGGUCACAAGCUAUUUCUUUAGAUAUUUUAACAAAAUAUGCCAGAACUCAAUUUAAAUGCCCAGAUUCAUCAAUUAAUGAAAAAAGACCAACUAAAAAGAAAUCAAAAUCAUUUUAUUCAGACGAUGAAGAAGAAGAAGAUAAUGAAGAUAGUAAAAUCUUUAAGAAAUAUGAUUCAUUUGAUGCAACUGAAGAAAUUGACCACGAUCAUCGUUUAUUAUUAAAAUCAACUUUACCAUUAUUACAAAGUAGAAACAAUGCUGUAGUUAUGGGUGUUUCAUCAUUAUAUUUCUAUUGUGCACCAGUUAUUGAAGCUCAAAAAGUUGGUAAAUCAUUGGUACGUAUCCUUAGAAGUGGUCCAGAAGUUCAAUACAUUACAUUAACCAACAUCUCAACCAUGGUAACCAUGAGACCAAAUAUGUUUGAACCACAUCUUUCAGAAUUUUUCAUCAAUGCUGGUGAUCCAGAAUAUAGUAUUAAAUUAAAAUUAGAAAUUCUCACUCGUUUAGCCACCGCAGAAAAUAUUAGUCGUAUUCUUAAAGAAUUCAAAGAGUAUGUUAAAAAUGAAGAUAAGAAAUUUGUUGCUGCAACCAUUCAAGCCAUUGGCUCAUGUGCUUCCUCAAUUCCAGAUGUCACUGAAAGCUGUAUCUAUGGUUUAAUGUCAUUACUCACAAAUCAAUCACAAUUGGUCGUUGCCGAAAGUGUUGUUGUCUUAAAAAGACUUUUACAAUUAAACGCCAUGGGUGACAAUACUAAAGCCACUGGCAAAACUCAUCAAAUCAAAUAUAGCAACAUCAUCCUUAAUUUAGCCAAACUUUUAGACUCUCUUCAAGUACCAUCAGCUCGUGCCUCAAUCAUUUGGGUCAUUGGUGAAUAUAGCAGUCGUAUUCCAUUAGUUGCCCCUGAUGUUCUUAGAAAAUUAGCAAAGAGUUUUUCAGAUGAACAUGAAAGUGUCAAAUUAGAAAUUUUAAAUUUAGGUGCAAAAUUAUAUAUUCUAUUCAGUAAUCCACCAACUGAAAACGAAACCGAAAACCAAAUACCAACUCCAACCGUUGGAAAAAAUCAACCACAGAUCCAUAUUGCCGACAGAGAAAAGGUUAAAGAAAAAGUAAACUUAAUCUUUCAAUAUAUUUUAAAUUUAGCAAAAUAUGACCAAAACUAUGACAUUAGAGACAACAGCAGAAUUAUGAAACACUUUUUCUACAACACUGAAAACACUCCAUUACUUUCAGAAAACAUUAAAACUCUAAUGAUAAACGAAAAACCAAUCCCAACCGAAACAAGUAUUAGCGAAGAUAGACAACGUUUCACUUUAGGUUCACUCUCACACAUUGUUAAUCAUACAGCUUUAGGUUAUGUUGCACUUUCAGAUUUCCCUGAAGUUCCACCAGACCCAUCAGUCAGAGAACCAAUUCAAAGAUGGCAAACUCCUUCCGCCAUCGACAAAAGAACUGAAUCAAUUUUCGUUGAAGCUCCAUUCUAUUCAGAUGAAGAAGAGGAAGAUGACGAAGAAGACGAAGAUGACGAAGAAGACGAAGAUGACGAAGAAUAUGAUGACGAAGAUGACUACGAUCAAUUCUUUGGUGAAGGUAAAAAACAAAAUGGUAAAUUUAACGAGGAUGAUUACGAUCAAGAUAUUGAAGAUGGUGAAGAUGCCAAUCAAGAUGAUGACGAUUUCGAUGAAUUAUUUGGUAUUUCAAAUAAAAAUGAUACUGUAGACGACUUAUCAAAUGAAAUGGAAAAAUUAGAAAUUGAUGAACCAAUUAGCUCAACAUCAAUCAAAAAGAUUUUAUUAAAACCAACUAUUAGCGGAGGUUUAGGUAUUGAAUAUUGUUUUGUUAGAUCAAGAAUCAUGGAAGAUGGCAGUCAAGUUGAACCACAUUUCAAUCUUAUUCAAUUAUCAAUUAUCAAUCAAUCUGAUGAAACUUUAUCUGACAUCUGUAUCAACAGCACCAAUAUAACCGAUGGUGCACAAAUAAAAGAAUUUGAUCAAAUAGAUUCGCUAGAACCAAAAGAUAUCAUUCAAAAACAAAUUUGUGUAUUAUUUAAUUCAACAUCACAAUCAUGUAAAUUUGAAAUUUGUUUUAACAAAGGUAAUUUCCCAGUAACAUUAUCACCAAUUAUUGGCGAAUUGAUUACCCCUGCACAAUUUGAACAACAAGAUAGUGAAGAGGUAGUAGAUUGUGUUGAAUUAUGGAAAAAAGAAUUUGAAGAAUUAGGUGAUCUCCAUCAAGCAGAUGAUCAAUUUGAAUUGGGCGAGCAAUGUUUAGAAAAAUUAAGUGUUGCUGAAAGGGGUGUUGGUUUAAAACCAGUUAUUCAAUCAAUUUUAGACAGUGUAAAUAUUUCACCCAUAGCUUCAAAUAAAUCAAAUACAAUUGUCCAUUUAGCAGGUAGAACCUUAUUAAAGAAUGAAAAUAUAUUUGUCUUAUUAGAAAAGAAAAAUCAAAAUCAUAUCAAAUGUACGGUUAGAAGCAAGGAUAUCAGUGUUGCUGCAAUGUUAUUAAAAAAAUUAUCUGAUAUUUUACAAAAAUAA